AUGGCUGCUUCGGCGCUUCUGAAGAGCCGCAUUCGACGGCCUUCCUACCUGAACAAGCUGGCCAAAGCGGAAGAUCUGAUUGAUCUCUUUCCCCAUGGCUCGUACAUUGGCUGGUCCGGUUUCACGGGUGUGGGAUAUCCCAAAAUGGUCCCCACUGCUCUGGCAGACCACGUUGAAAAGAACAACCUCCAAGGCCAACUCAAGUACAACCUGUUCGUCGGCGCCUCGUCCGGCGCAGAGACGGAGAACCGCUGGGCCCGUCUGAACAUGAUUGAGCGGCGAAGCCCGCACCAGGUCGGAAAGGAGAUCGCCAAGGGCAUCAACAGUGGCCAGAUCAAAUUUUUCGAUAAGCACUUGAGCAUGUUUCCCUCGGAUUUGGUCUAUGGCUACUACACCCUCGACAAGCCACAGAACAAAAUCGACGUUGCCGUCAUCGAGGCCUCCGCCAUCACCGAGAAUGGCGGUAUCAUCCCCGGUGCCUCGGUGGGCGCGUCGCCAGAAUUGGUGCAGAUGGCCGACAAGGUCAUUAUCGAAGUCAACACCGCCAGUCCCUCCUUCGAGGGUUUGCACGACAUUGUCGGGUCGGACUUGCCCCCUGGCCGCAAGCCCUACCUGAUCAUGGCCCCCGAAGAUCGCAUCGGAACCUCCUACAUCCCCAUCGACCCAGAGAAGGUCGUGGCCGUCGUGGAAUCCAACUACCCGGACCAGACCCAACCCAACAGCCCCGAAGACGAGGGCUCACAAGCCAUCGCCACCAACCUAAUCGAGUUCCUCAAGCACGAAGUCAGCCAGGGCCGCCUCCCGCCGAACCUCCUCCCCAUCCAGUCGGGCAUCGGCAACAUCGCCAACGCCGUCGUCGGCGGCCUCAGCAAGGGUGGCGCAAACUUCCACAACCUCAAGGUCUGGACCGAGGUGCUGCAAGAUUCCUUCCUUGACCUCUUCGACAGCGGCAACCUCGAUUUUGCGACUGCCACCUCCAUCCGCUUCUCCCCGGACGGCUUCAAGCGCUUCUACGAUAACUGGGAGAAGUACGCCGGCAAGCUUCUCCUUCGCUCGCAGCAGGUUUCCAAUUCCCCCGAAAUCAUCCGGCGGCUGGGCUGCAUCGGAAUGAACACUCCUGUCGAGGUGGACAUCUACGCCCACGCAAACAGUACCUGCGUCAUGGGCUCCCGCAUGCUGAACGGCCUCGGCGGCUCGGCUGAUUUCCUCCGCAAUUCUAAGUACAGUAUCAUGCACACGCCCAGUACCCGACCCAGCAAGACCGAUCCUACCGGUGUGAGCUGUAUCGUUCCGUUCGCCACACACAUCGAUCAGACCGAGCAUGAUCUCGAUGUGAUCGUUACUGAGCAGGGCCUUGCGGAUGUCCGGGGUCUUUCGCCGAGGGAGCGUGCGCGGGUUAUUAUUAAGAAGUGCUCGCACCCUGACUACUAUCCUAUUCUGACGGAUUAUCUUGAUCGGGCGGAGUUUGAGUGUCUGAAGAAGGGUAUGGGCCAUGAGCCGCACAUGCUUUUCCAGGCUUUUAAGAUGCAUCAGAAUUUGCAGGAGAAGGGUACGAUGAAGAUUAACUCUUGGGAGUAA